UGAAGCUCGAUUUUGAAAAAAAAAAUUAGGGAAAGUUAAGAGAGGUGUAUGACAAUAGUAUGUUUUUAAGCUUAGCCAGUUGAUAAUAAUAAAAAUAAAAACACAAAAUCUUGAUCUUUCUUGGCACCUCGGCACGCUGACGUCAUUAGGGGUGGGACUGUCCGAAAGCAGGAAGUGUAACGUCAUAUUUGUUUUGGAUGGACGAAGCAGCAAAGAUGGACGACAACGUUCCAGAUUUUAAGCUGAUUUUUGAGAAAGAGGGGGUGUACCUCCACACGAAUGCCAAGAGGAGUAACCAGGAGACCAGCAUACCAGGGUUUAUCCGUGUUGUGGAGCGGGCGGGAGUGCCAGCUUUAGAGUGGAGUCCACUGGAGGAUGAGGGUCACAGCGCUCCAGCUGUUCUCUACAGCAGAAAGGAUGGUGAAGGAGGGGAGGAGGAUAUGAACUUUGACCCAGGAUAUGAGCCAGACUGGGCAAUAGUCAGCUCUGUGAAGAAAGAUCGUGAGCAUGUUUCGAUGAAAGAUUCAGGCCAGUGGGCUUUCUCUCUGCCGCUCUCAGAACUGUACUCUCUCCGGAGGAACCGCUUUUCCUUGGGUCGGAACUUUCUAGUGCUGACUAGCAAAGGUGGACACCCCCUCCCGCCUCUUCACUUCCACAGAGGAGGAACCAGGGAACUGCUGCGGGCUCUCCACCAUUACAUCGUCCUGGAUCAGUCACCAGUGGACGGGCGUCUCUUUCUGUCCUACCCACGUGGCACACAUGAUGUCUCCCAGCCUUUUGAUAAGCUGCAGUUCCUGGAUGAUGGUGGCUCUGACAUUGUUUCGAGGUUUAUCCACGACCCAUAUGCCACCACGUUUGGUGGAUUCUCCAAAGUCACAAACUUCUUUCGAGCAGCACUUCGACCUCCAGACACACCCGUCUCACGGACUCCUCGGGAUCCCAAUCUGCCUUCACACCCUGACGACGAGCCUGGGUUUGAACUCAUCACCUGUGGUGUGGAGCUCGGUCCCAGGCCGGAUGUAACCAGAGGGAAACCCCUUGAUAAAUGGGCGGAGUGUCUGGACUCUGAAGGCCGUGUGAAGAACCCAGAGAAAAUCAAAGAACUUGUGUUCAGAGGGGGUGUCAUUCCUUCACUAAGGAAAGAUGUGUGGAAGUUCCUCCUGGGCUUUUAUCCAUGGAACAGCACUACAAAGGAAAGAGAGGACAUCCUUCGUGCCAAAACGGACGAGUACUUUAGAAUGAAGGUGCAGUGGAAAUCAGUCAGCGAGGAGCAGGAGAUGAGGAAUUCCCUCCUCAGAGGAUACAGGAGCUUGAUCGAGAGGGAUGUCAACAGGACGGACAGACAGAAUACGUUCUUCUCUGGAAACGACAAUCCAGGACUAACUCUGCUUCACGACGUGCUGAUGACUUACUGCAUGUAUAACUUUGAUCUUGGUUAUGUCCAGGGGAUGAGCGACCUUCUUUCUCCAAUCUUGUUUGUCACCCAGAACGAGGUGGAGUCCUUCUGGUGUCUGACGGGCUUCAUGGAGCUGGUGCACCAGAACUUUGAAGAGUCUCAGGAGGCCAUGAAGAAGCAGCUCGAUCAGCUCAGUAUCCUGCUGAAGGCUCUGGACCCAGAGUUGUUUGACUUCCUCGACUCUCAGGACAGCGGCUCGCUUUGCUUCUGUUUCCGCUGGCUGCUCAUCUGGUUCAAGAGGGAGUUUUCCUUUGAGGACAUCCUUACAUUAUGGGAGGUCCUCUGGACUCGACUCCCAUGUGACAACUUCCACCUGCUGAUCGCCUGUGCGAUCCUGAAGUCCCAGCGAGGAGAGCUGAUUGGAUCAAAUCACGACUUUAACACUAUUCUGAAACACAUUAACGAGCUGACGAUGAAGCUGGACCUGCAGGGUAUCCUGCAGGAGGCAGAGGCCAUUUACCUCCAGCUGGUCCAGUGCAAGGAUCUUCCUCUCAAAGUUCAGCAUGUUCUGGGCCUCUACAUCCCAAACAGCUCUGAGGAGAACAGCCCAGAUUCCCAGAGCAGUGAGACACAACGUCUCCUCAGCCAGUCAGAGGCAGGAGCAGCUUCACCUUAUGUCUCCACCCAUCCUUAAGGAGGCACGUGGUGUCCACAGGACAGCUGGACUGACAGUGACUCAGAACUGGAUGGAUAUUUAUAUAUGAAGUAUAUGAACACAAAUGUAUUAACCAUACUUGGUGACGACUGUUGUUACUAUAUGCCACAGACAGAGGGCACUGUUGUGGCACUUUCCUUUGAGUUUGUUAUUUGAAUGUUAGAUUUUGUGCUGCAGUCAUCAUUGUGUGUCGUUUUUUUCACACCUCUGUGUUUUUUUCCUGUUUUUCAGCAUUUUUUCCUCCUCUUCAUCCCUCUCUUUGAUGCUGCUGUUUUUCUGACUGUAUAACUUUGUAUUUCCUUAGCUUACAUUCGGUGGAUUUUGAAGUUUUCUUACCUUCUAACUGUAUUUCAAAGGGGAAGAUGAUGAAGGGUGAACUAGGGCAGCACCUUGUUAGUGAUUUAUGAUGCCAUUGCGACCCUAUGCAAACGUUUUGCAUGCCUUGUAAUUUUCGUGUGCUGCUUGGUAUAUUUUACACCAUGACAGUUUCUUUUAAUGUACUCGCAUUUUUAUCCUCUGCAAAUUAACAAAUAAAUGUUUGAAUUCAACCGAAA